AUUUAAGAUUAUAUUACGUUUUGACGUACCUUUAGCCGAUGGGCAUCAGCUAGUCUAAUACGGAGUAGUAUAUAUCCCAAAGACAUGAUCAAAUUAAAGCGCUGUUAAUCAUGCUAUUGCUGUCUAAACGAACUUAUACGCAUGGCUAUAAACAACUAUCACAAGUGACUAAUCCAUAUUGCAUUCGUCGUUACUCAACGCCCACCACUCAAAUCCUCUCAAAACUCAGUCCUAAAACCAGCAAAUAUCUCGUUUACUGCAACACCCAGAUAACGAAAUAUGGUCGAAGCGGAAAUCUCAAAGAGGCCGUGUCUGUUUUCAGUCGUAUGCCCACCAAAAGUGUCGUAUCUUGGACGGCAAUGCUCACUGCUUACGCAGAUAAUGGGCAAAUUGAGGAAGCCCGGGAAGUGUUCGACAAAAUGCCUGAACGAAAUAUUGCGUCUUGGAAUGCGAUGAUAACGGCUUACGUUCGUAAUAUUCGUGGGACUGGUGAAGCUAGUGAGUUAUUCAGGCAGAUGCCCGAGCGAAAUGCGGUUUCUUAUGCUGCGAUGAUCACGGGUUUUGGGCUGGCAGGUGUGAUGGAGAAGGCGGAGGAGUUGUAUGCGGAGACGCCUGUGAUUUGGCGGGAUCCGGUAUGUUCGAAUGCUUUGAUUGCCGGGUACUUGAAGACGGGUGAAUUGAAGGAAGCCAUUCGGGUUUUUGAGGGUAUGGUGGAGAAAGAUGUGGUUUCUUGGAGCUCAAUGGUUGAUGGGUACUGCAAGCAUGGAAGGAUUGGGGAGGCUAGGGAUUUGUUUGAUAGGAUGACAGAGAGAAAUGUGGUUACUUGGACCGCAAUGAUAAAUGGGUAUUUGAGGACGGGGGGUUUUCGAGAUGGGUUUGAAUUCUUUUUGGAGAUGAGACGGGAAGAUAGUGUAAAAACAAAUCCUACUACACUAACCAUAAUAGUUGAAGCCUGUGGAUAUUGUGUUAGAUAUGAAGAAGGAUGCCAAGUACAUGGUUUGGCUUUGUGUAUGGGAUUUGAACGUGAUGUCUUCUUGGGAAAUUCUGUUAUUACCAUGUAUUCUAUGUUUGGCUGUCUAGAUGAAGCUAGUAACGUAUUUAACUGGAUGAACAAAAAGGAUAUUGUUUCUUCGAAUUGUCUACUUCAUGGUUAUGUUCAAGCUCAAGAUACUGAAGAGGCUUAUAGAAUUUUUCUGAAGAUGCCGGAGAAAGAUGUGGUUUCUUGGACAACCAUGAUUACAGGAUUCUCUAGCAAAGGCUUGACACAAAAAUGCAUUGAGUUGUUUAAUCAGAUGCCAGAGAAAGAUGAUGUUGCUUGGACUGCUGUUAUUUCAGGGUUUGUGAAUAAUGGAGAAUAUGAGGAGGCCAUCUGUUGGUUCAUCCAAAUGCUUCACAAGGCAGUCAGGCCAAAUCCUCUUACGUUUAGUAGUGUGCUGAGUGCUUCAGCUGGUUUGGCAGCAUUAAACCAAGGCUUGCAAAUCCAUGCUCAUGUCCUGAAAAUGGAUAUGGAAUUUGAUUUAUCCAUUCAAAAUUCACUGGUCUCCAUGUACUCAAAAUGUGGAAAUAUACUCGAUGCCUAUGGAAUCUUCGAAUCCAUCAGGGCACCCAAUACUAUUUCUUUCAACUCAAUGAUAACUGCAUUUGCCCAAAAUGGGUAUGGAAAUGAAGCAAUUAGGCUAUUUAAGAAAAUGAAAGAUGAAGGCCAAGAACCUAAUCAAGUUACCUUUCUCGGGAUGCUCUCAGCUUGUACCCAUGCGGGACUAGUGGAAGAAGGAUGGUACUAUUUCAAAUCCAUGAGAACUGCGUACAACAUCGAGCCAGGGCCUGAUCACUAUGCUUGCAUGGUUGAUCUCCUAGGGAGAUCUGGUUUUCUGGAUGAAGCAAUGAACUUGAUUAAUUCAGUCCCAUUUGAGCCGCAUUCUGGGAUUUGGGGUGCUCUUCUUGGUGCAAGCAGGACCCAUAUACGCCUUGAUUUGGCGAAUCUUGCCGCUCAAAAACUUUUUGAACUGGAGCCCAAUAAUGCAACGCCUUAUGUGGUGUUAUCUGACAUAUGUUCUGCUGCAGGAAAAGGCAAGGAUGGGGAGCAAGUAAGAAUAACCAAGAAAUCAAAAGGGAUCAGAAAGAGUCCAGGUUGCAGUUGGAUUUGAAAGACGGCUAAUUUGUUUUUGGCAGGGGAUCAAUCCCAUAUAAGCUUCCAAGGGAUUGAAAGGACAUUAUGGACAAUUGUGGAUGUGAUGAAACUACUGGAUUGCUAAAGAGAAUGAGAAUUCCUUGCUUCACACAGCCAGAAUGCAAAGAAAGUGUUGAACUCCUCCUGUGCCAUUAUCGAACUAAUGGGAGUCUGCUCGUGGAGUUUUGGCCGAGUUUUAAUUUCUGUUGAAUCUGCGACUUUAUCAAAGAUUCAGAAACUUUCGGGUACACGAAAAAAUGAAGUGAAAGGAUGUAAACAUUGUCAUGGAGUAAGAUGGUUUGGUCUGUUGGCAACUUCAAAGCACACAUAAAUUCCUGUUCUUUUUAGUCUACUUACUUACUUACUCAGCAGGGAAGUUUGAUCAUGUUAUGUUGAACUUUAUGUUCAGAGGAUUCUAUGGCGGCUGUGUCUUCUCUUCCAUAUGGGACUAUUAGGUGGGUAAAUUCUAAAAGGCAGAGGAAUAAAGGAAGUAGGCCUCUACCCGUGGAGGAUUGCGUGAUGUAUAGUCAGGUAAACCCCGCUUCUAAUGUUAUUCGUGUGACUUGUCUCAUUGUUGAUUGAGAUCGAACUUUAUAUACUUUGGAUCAUUCAUUCUUCUUUUAGUCUUCACAUUGAAGAUUAGGAGAAGAAUGUGGAUUUCAAUUGGUUAAAUUCUAAAACCAUUAGAUCACAGUUAGAUUAGAGGAUAAAAUCAGAGACUUCAGGUUGUAAGAAGAAGAUGGUGUAAAAGUUGCUAACAUUUUUGGAAAUCAACAAAAGCUAACCUUUGUCCCUUUUAUGUCCUAGAGCCACGGAUCCAAAAUUUCUCAGUAAUGCAAUAAGAACAGAAUAUUGGAGUUUCAGGUAGAUAUGAAAAGCUACUCGGUAAGUUUGGUUAAGCUCAUGAAUAGUAUUCCCCUCUUGUAACUUAAGAGCUUUAGUCAAGCUCAAGUCCCAUUCUAGGUUUUACCGAAGUGACUUAAAUUCUAGAAUACCCACUUUACUUGGCUCAUUCCAAUUAUUUAGCCAGUACAAUUUCUAUUAUAUUUUCCACAUUUUCCUUAAUUAUUUUCCAUUUACCAUCUUAUUAUUUUCCUUUCUCUUCCAUUUUUCCCCCAAUAAUCAAAGAAACCCUAAUCUAAGUGAACAUGUAGCCCUAGACAAAGCUCAAAGGAAAAUAAGAUUCAUGUAGCCGACCCUAAUUGAUUGAGACACGAGGCUCAGUUUGUUUUGGUUUAGGGGUUUGGCAAUGUAAGCUACCUUUGAUCGGACCUGGGAGAGGAAUAGUCGAGGUGCGCGUAAGCUGGCCCGAACAUUCGUAAUUGUUGAACUCAAAAAACAAAAAAUAGUGAAAAUUGAGCUCACCAAGGGCAAGGGCGGAUAAUUUUUGUCACAUAAAAUCAAGUGUAUGUGAGCAGCGAGCCUUGGAUAACUUGCAGGCCCGGACCACACAAUUAGCUUUCUGUACACAUUCAAGCAUAAUUCUAUAAAAAUGGAUGUGGUUGUAGAAUGAUUGCGCGUUCAAAGCCAAAAACUUGUGUUUGUAUUGUUGUCCUGUACCUUUGGGCUUUGGCACCCAUGACCCAUUGAAUAAUGGCUAGUUAUGCACAAACUGCCAAGACCAUUCCUCAUCAUAUACCCUU